AUGUGUGCUAGAAAAAUUGCCGGUGUCCUAGGUGCCACUGGUUCCGUCGGACAAAGAUUUAUCCUGCUGUUAGCAGACCAUCCAGACUUCGAGCUAAAGGUGCUCGGUGCCUCGCCCAGAUCUGCUGGUAAGAAAUACAUCGACGCUGUCAACUGGAAGCAAACUGACUUGCUACCGGAGUUUGCCAAGGACAUUGUCGUGAGCGAAUGUAAGGCUGAAAACUUCAAGGAGUGUGACGUCGUCUUUUCUGGUUUGGACGCUGAGUACGCCGGUCCUAUCGAGAAAGAAUUUGUCGAGGCCGGUCUUGCUGUGGUUUCCAACGCCAAAAACUACCGUCGUGAAGCCGACGUGCCGCUAUUGGUGCCAAUUGUCAACCCUGAGCACCUCGAGAUCGUCGGUGAGAAGCUUGCGCGCGCCCAAUCCGCGGGCCAGGCCAAGCCCGGUUUCAUCGUGUGUAUUUCCAACUGUUCCACAGCGGGCCUCGUCGCUCCUCUCAAGCCUUUGGUUGAGUCCUUCGGCCCCAUCGACGCCUUGACCACCACCACGCUUCAAGCCAUCUCCGGUGCCGGUUUCUCUCCAGGUGUCCCAGGUAUCGACAUCCUCGACAACAUCAUCCCAUACAUUGGAGGUGAAGAGGACAAGAUGGAAUGGGAAACCAAGAAAAUCUUGGGUUCUCUUUCUUCUGACAAGACCACCGUUGACCUACUAUCUGACGACGAAAUGAAGGUCUCCGCUCAAUGUAACAGAGUUGCCGUUUCUGACGGUCACACCGAAUGCAUCUCAUUAAGAUUCAAGAACAGACCUGCUCCUCCUUUGGCCGACGUCAAGAAGUGUCUACAAGAAUACGUUUGUGACGCCUUCAAGAUGGGAUGUCAUUCCGCUCCAAAGCAAACCAUCCACGUUCUAGAGCAAAACGAUAGACCUCAACCAAGACUAGACCGUAACAGAGACAGUGGUUAUGGUGUUAGCGUUGGUAGAGUUAGAGAGGACCCUGUGCUCGAUUUCAAGAUGGUCGUUCUAUCUCACAAUACCGUUAUUGGUGCUGCUGGUGCUGGUAUCUUGAUUGCUGAGAUUCUAUUGGCUAAGAAGUACAUUUAA